AUGGAUCACAGCCAGCUAAUGGCAGAAAUGCCUGAGAUCGAAAAGAUGACCGCUCAAGAGCGCAUAGCGCUCGCAAAAGACCGGCGUCGCGAUCAGCUACGCAAAUGCGAAGAACGAGAACGAUCGCUGCCUCCACCGCGACCGCGGCGACAGCGAUUACGAUUUUCGCCCGAGGUGGCGCUGCUCGAAGCCACAGGCCGUGCAGAUGCAGCCGAAGUGGAACGAUUAUUGCGAGAAGGUGCAAAUCCAAAUUCGCACAAUGAGGACGGCUUGACGCCGCUACAUCAAUGUGCGAUCGAUGACAAUCAGCAGAUCAUGUUGUUGCUGCUGAGUCAUGGCGCUGAUGUUAAUGCUCAAGACACAGAGCAAUGGACACCGUUGCAUGCAGCCGCGUGUUGUGCUCAUAUCAAUGUUGUGAAGAUCCUCAUUGCACACGGCGCCAAUUUAUUGGCCGUGAACGCGGACGGCAACAUGCCAUAUGAUAUUUGCGACGACGAAACUACCCUGGAUGCUAUAGAAAGUGAAAUGGCUGCACGUGGUAUUACUCAGGCAUAUAUUGAUGAUCAACGUGGUGCUCCGGAGAAAGCGAUGCUGGACGAUAUGAAAAGCUUGCAUCAACAAGGUUAUCCUCUUGACGCACGCCAACCUGAUGGAUCUACCUACCUUCAUAUAGCUGCCGCUAAUGGAUACUACGACGUAGCUGCCUUUUUAUUGCGAUGCGGUGUGCCUGCUACUUCACGGGAUAAUGACCUAUGGCAACCUGUCCACGCUGCUGCAUGUUGGGCUCAACCAGACUUAGUCGAGUUGAUCUGUGAAUACGGUGGCGAUAUCAACGCUAAAACAAGCAGUGGCGAAGCACCGCUAGCAUCUCUUCCACUCUUCCACUCGCCAUUGUCAUCUAAGAUGUUCUCAAUUUUCGAGAAUGACGUUAACGAGGUCCUUGAGCCGUAUCCAGCUGAGCUCUCAGCUGGUCCAUCCGUGUAG